AUGGGCGCCAACUACACACAAUCACGAAAGGCCUUAGAGAAACGUGAUGCACAAACAGAAAAAACAAAAACGAAUCAAUGGGGUAGUUUAUUUUCUCGUCAUGGUCAUCGUGUAACAUCAUUAUUACAAAUUCUAAUCGAAUUAUAUCUUUGUCUUCGAUUAAAAUAUGAAUUAAUACGUUCAUUUCUAUAUCUUUCUGAUUUAUUUACAUCAUCACAACAAUUAUAUGAUUUAUGUUAUAAGUAUUUUUGUACAUGGUUUGAUGAAGACGAUGUAAUGAUAUCAUUGGUAAGUUAUGGUUUAUGUAAACCUAAUAUAUUAUUUAGACAAAGAACAAAAGAAUAUAAUGAAUUAUAUAUACGUUUAAUUGAACGUAGUUUAAAUACUUCGUUUUCUUUUAAAUAUAGAACUUUAAUGAAAAAUAAUCCAUUUUAA